UGAGAAACUGAGCUAGAGAACAAUUGAGAACUUUUGAGCAAAAAAUACGCGUUUUCCAUGUGACCAACGAGAAAGAACACACAUUGAUAACAAUCAAUGUGCAACCUUAUUACAGAGACUAUCCUUUUUUUCUUUUUAUUGCGUUUUUCCCAUAUUUCCCUUAUCCCCUAUUUUAAUUUUAUAGUGAAAGACUUUUGUCUUUUACUAGCUGCACGAGAAGAAGAAUCAGGCCAUUUUACGACGAUGACACAAGGUACGGCUACGAGCGACAAGAUUAAAGUAGUUUACUGUGAAGACGGUUUAUUACACAAUCCUCCUUUUGAAGUCACAAGUGGCAAAAUAAAGCCAUAUGUUGAAUCUCCUGAACGACUCAAAUCCAUCAAGAAGUAUAUCGAUGAAAAUCCUUCUAUGUUUCAGCUCAUCUCUCCUAUAAGCGACUAUACUCUAAAGCCCAUUUUAGACAUUCAUCGCCCAGAUUAUAUUGCAUUCCUAGAAAGCAUUUAUCAGGAAUGGGUGAAUGCUGGUUUGCCAAAGGACGCUUGUAUUGGUGAUACUUUUGCCCAACUCUCUUUUGCCAGCAAAUUAUCAGAAGAAGUGCUUUUGAAAAAUGCCAAUCAACAUCCCACUGGUAAAAUGGGUUAUUACUUGGGCGAUAUGUCCGUUAGCUUCAUGAAUGAAACUUGGCGUGCUGCUUAUGCCUCAGUGCAGAUAGUGCUAACCGCUGCACAUGAGCUUUUGAGAUCAAUUGAAAAUAGUGAGGCGAACGACAAACAGAGCAAGAUGGUUUACGCACUAUGUAGACCACCAGGCCAUCAUUCAUCAGACCAUUUAGCUGCUGGUUACUGUUUUAUCAAUAACGCUGCAGUUGCUGCAGCAUUCUUACAAAAUUAUUCUUCAAAAGACAUGGAACUUCUGCAACGACCUUACGACCCAGUGCUUGCUACAACAACCAAUCUUGAAAACAUGAUGCUCGACGAGAAGCCGAUAGACGAAAAAAAGAAAAUAUUAAUCCUUGAUAUUGACUAUCAUCAUGGUAAUGGAACGCAAGAAAUAUUCUAUGAUGACUCUACUGUAUUCUACAUUUCAAUUCAUGGCUACCCCGACUAUCCUCAUUUCACCGGUUCCGUUGAUGAAAAAGGACGAGGCAGAGGUCUAGGCUACAAUAUCAAUAUACCGCUGGAUCCUGAACAUACGACGGAUGAAGUAUAUCUUAAGCAUCUUUACCAUGUGCUCAACACAGAAAAAACUGUUGUCAAUUUCAAAGCAGACAUAGUGAUUGUUUCGCUAGGUUUAGAUACAUGGUUCGAGGAUCCUAUUGCUGGUAUGAAGGGAUUGAGAGAGAAGCAUACAUACUAUACAAUAGGGCAGUAUAUCAAGCAAUCAGAAGCUACGUUUGGAAAACCCGUUUUGUUUGUUCAGGAGGGUGGGUACACCUACGACAAAUUAGGCGAAUUGGUCGGUCAAGUGUUACAAGGUUUUGCUUGUUCUUCGGACGAAAAGUUGCGAUUGGAUGCGUAGACUACCUGUGUCAUAUUAUACCUCUUUUAAGGU